CAUUUAUUUCUGGUAUUAUUAUUGAGGACAAGAAGAUGUGACAUGCAUAUAAUAUAUAAAUAAAUAAAAAUACUUAAUAAUAAAUAAAUAAAGAAAAAAAGUUAAUAUACGGCUGGAUAUGAUUCGUACAUACUAACAUCUAUAAUCAACGGCUGAGAUCAAAACUAUUUUCUUCUCUGAGAUUUUAUAUGGUUGGGAGACAUGUUAUGUUUUUUAUUUUUAUUUUUUUAGUUGAAACCUGAAAAACAUUAUCUUCUUCCAUUUUUUUUUCUCUUUACAGCAAAAUCCCACCUUUUUUUCAUCCUGAUAAAGCUAAGUCAGAGCAAUCUGAUCAUUUAUGAGAAAAGAAAGAACAUAAUAAUGGGAAAUUUUCAUUGAUGGGCCAUCUUCAUUUUGCUAACCAAAAAUGGCUUCGUGUUGAAAGAGAGCUUUAAAAAGAGAAUCAAGAAUGGAAAAACAGAGAAGUGGUAGCUCUGGAAUCAAUAAAUGGAUGGCUUUUGAAACCGGGAAUGAGGAUUCCAAUGAAGGAAUCAUUACCGAAAAGGCGAGCAUAGCGGAAAGGACGGCGGAAUGGGGAUUGGUUGUGCGAUCGGACGGUGGAGAGAGGAGUUUUAAGAGUAUUGGGAGUGUUAAGAAUUCGUUUGGUGAUGGGGAAAGAGAGAAAGGAAAGAACUCGGAAUCAGCAAGGACAUCCUCGGAAUCGCUUUCCACAUUGGAAGGCGCGAUCCCGAGGGUUUCACAAGAGUUAAAAGAUGCACUCGCUACUCUUCAACAAACUUUUGUAGUGUCUGAUGCUACUAAGCCUGAAUGCCCUAUUAUGUAUGCUAGUAAUGGAUUUUUUUCCAUGACUGGUUACUCUUCUAAGGAGGUCAUUGGAAGAAAUUGUCGAUUUCUUCAGGGACCGGAAACGGACCAGAAAGAAGUGGAUAAAAUACGAGAAGCCGUGAGGUAUGGGAGAAGUUAUUGUGGUAGGUUGUUGAACUAUAAGAAGGAUGGUACGCCUUUCUGGAAUCUUCUUACUGUUACACCUAUAAAAGAUGAUCAAGGAAACACCAUUAAGUUUAUUGGAAUGCAGGUUGAGGUUAGCAAAUAUACUGAAGGAAUUGUGGACAAGACAUUGCGGCCUAAUGGACUGCCUCAAUCGCUAAUUCGUUAUGAUGCUCGUCAGAAGGCGAAGGCUCUAGAUUCCAUGACUGAGGUUGUCCAAACAGUGAAGGAUCCACGAUCUCACACACGGAGUAUUAGUUAUGACGUUAACUUCAAGUCUGAUGAGCUAGAUAAAUUCAACCUUAAUGAUGUUCCUGAAUCAGUUGAAACCAAGAGUAAUGGCACUCCUGGUAGAAAAACUCCCCAGUUAGAUCCCAUAAAUGAUUUGUCUCGCAAGAGUACUCAAGAUGCAAGCAAGAGAUCUAGAAAGUCAGGACGCACGUCGUUAUUGGGGCCAAAGGGAAAAUCUAUGAGCUCAGCAAAGGAGCUUGACGAAAAACCAAAUCUUGAACAAGAAAAUUUGAUGCCCGUAGAGAGGACUGAUAGUUGGGAGAUUGCUGAAAGAGAAAGGCAUGCACGCCAAGGGUUUGACCUUGCGACCACAUUGGAACGCAUUGAAAAGAAUUUUGUGAUUACUGAUCCUAGACUUCCUGAUAACCCAAUUAUAUUUGCAUCUGACAGCUUUUUAGAAUUGACAGAAUAUACUCGAGAAGAAAUUCUGGGUACAAAUUGUCGGUUUCUUCAAGGACCUGAAACGGAUCAAGCAACUGUCUCAAAGAUAAGGGAUGCUAUUAGGGAACAGCGGGAAAUUACUGUUCAGCUGAUCAAUUAUACUAAGAGUGGAAAGAAGUUUUGGAACUUGUUCCACUUGCAACCUAUGCGCGAUCACAAGGGUGAGUUGCAAUACUUCAUUGGUGUUCAACUUGAUGGAAGUGAUCAUGUGGAACCCCUACGGAGUCGUCUUUCAGAGAAAACAGAGCAACAAAGUGCUAAGUUGGUUAAAGCAACUGCCGAAAAUGUUAAUGAUGCUGUCCGAGAACUUCCUGAUGCCAAUUUGAAACCAGAGGAUUUGUGGUCGAUUCAUUCUCAACCUGUCCUCCCAAGACCUCAUAAAAGGGAUACUCCUUCUUGGCUAGCAAUACAAAAGAUCACUGCACGAGGUGAAACAAUUGGCCUGCAUCAUUUUAAGCCUAUAAAACCCUUGGGUUGUGGAGAUACUGGCAGUGUUCAUUUGGUGGAAUUACAAGGUACAGGCCAACUGUAUGCUAUGAAGGCAAUGGAGAAGUCAACAAUGCUCAAUCGUAACAAGGUUCAUCGAGCAUGCAUUGAAAGAGAAAUCAUUUCAUUUUUGGACCACCCUUUUCUUCCAACACUUUACACUUCAUUUCAGACUUCUACACAUGUUUGUUUGAUAACAGACUUUUAUUCUGGUGGAGAGUUAUUUGCAUUGCUUGACAAGCAGCCUAUGAAAAAUUUUAAGGAGGAUUCUGCAAGGUUUUAUGCAGCAGAAGUUGUGAUUGGCUUGGAAUAUCUUCACUGCUUAGGAAUAAUUUACCGAGACUUGAAGCCUGAAAACAUUUUAAUGCAAAAGGAUGGGCAUAUUGUACUAGCAGAUUUUGAUUUAUCAUUUGUGACAUCCUGUAAACCCCAGGUGAUUAAACAUGCACAACCUAAUAGAAGGAGAUCUAGGAGUCAACCACCUCCAAUAUUUGUUGCAGAACCAGUUAGUCAAUCAAAUUCUUUCGUUGGAACAGAAGAGUACAUUGCUCCUGAAAUUAUUACGGGAGCAGGACACAGUAGUGCCAUUGACUGGUGGGCUCUUGGUAUUCUGCUGUAUGAAAUGCUCUACGGUCGGACCCCCUUCAGGGGAAAAAAUAGACAGAAGACAUUCACAAACAUUUUGCACAAAGACCUUACUUUCCCUAGCAGCGUUCAGGUUAGUCUUGCAGCCAGGCAGUUGAUCAAUGCAUUGUUACAAAGAGACCCAGCAACACGUUUAGGAUCAAAUACCGGCUCCAAUGAAAUCAAAGAACAUCCUUUUUUCAAAGGAAUUAAUUGGCCUCUCAUCCGCUGCAUGAGCCCGCCACCAUUGGAGACACCUAUUACAUUGAUUGAAAAAGAUCUCAAUGCCAAGGAUGUAAGUUGGGAUGACGAUGGAGUACUUGACAAUCCAAUGGAUUUGGAAAUGUUCUAAAAAGUGGUUAUUUGUAAGAUCAGAGUCUUGUGCCUUUGCUGCUGUACAUCUCCAUUCACACUACAUUUUUCAUUAGGCCGUGGCUAACGGGUCAACGGCCAUCACACACACUCUGCUUGCUCUUUCGGGUUCCCCACAAUUGAGGUAUCUCUCGUGUAUGUAUAAAUGGAAUUUUCUCCUUUGGAAAGAAGAAAUAAAAGUUACUUGCUUUGUCUUGGAUAUGAGGCUAGCUACCCUAAAAUUGAAAGACAGAUGAAUGAAUGGAUACUAGCACGUACAGGUUUUACUGAGGUUAUUUGUAAUUUUAUGUAAAGGAAAGAGAGUUUGUAUUAUAAUAAGAAGAAUUAACUAGAGAUGUUGCUCUUUGAUAGCCAGUGUAUUUUUUAACUUAUUGUCAUUCGUGAAUAAAUUACUUCUCGGCGAUAUUAUGUUUA